AUGGAAAACCCAACUCCAUCAACAAAUUCUGAUUCUCUCUCUGCAACUCUUGGUAACUCAAUCCAAGCUUUAGGUCGUGGUUUUGAUGUUACAUCAGAUAUUAGGCUUCUUUAUUGUAAAGGGGCACCUGGGUCUAGGCUUGUUCAUCUUGAUGAGGAACAUAGUAGGGAUCUUGUUCUGUCAAGAGAACUUGUUGUUCCUGAUGUUUCUGCGGACAUUGAUUUCUCUCCGGGGAAGAGUGGUGUUGAGAAGACACCUGUGUGUAGUUUCCAAGAGAUGGCGAAAUAUUUCAAUGAGAGAUCUGGCAUAAAGGAAAAAAUUCCACUCGGAAGCUUUAAUUCUAUGUUUAAUUUUAUUGGCUCCUCGACGGUCGAUGCAGCAGCCACCAAAUCACUUGCCAUGGUUGGAUAUUUCAUUCCACUGUUUGAAGUUAAACUAACUAAACCUAAUUUGGUAUUGAAUGAGGAAGUAAGACGCGCCGUUCCUUACUCUUGGGAUCCAGUGUCCUUGGCUAGUUUUAUUGAGAAUUAUGGUACACAUAUUGUUACAUCUGCAACGGUUGGUGGAAGAGACGUCGUGUAUAUCAGGCAGCACCAAUCGUCUUCUUUGACUGCACCAGACAUUGAAAAUUACGUGAAGGACAUUGAAAAUGAUAGGUUUCUCGAUGCGAAAAACUCGUCAGGACCCGCUGCUUUGAAGUACAAGGAGAAGGAUGUUACUGUAAUUUUUAGGCGAAGAGGAGGGGACGAUCUUGAGCAAAGUCAUACUAAAUGGGUGGAAACUGUAAAAUUGGCACCAGACAUCAUUAACAUGAAGUUUACACCCAUUGUUUCUCUUCUCGAAGGAGUACCCGGUGUAAAACUUUUGACCCGUGCUAUUGAUUUAUAUCUCGAGUACAAGCCUCCUAUCGAAGACUUACAGUAUUUCUUGGAUUUCCAAAUAACUCGAGUUUGGGCACCGGAGCAGAAUAAUCUACAAAGAAAAGAGCCUGUCUGUCAAUCUCUUCAGUUCAGUUUAAUGGGACCUAAGCUUUAUAUCAGUCCAGAUCAGGUAACAGUUGGGCGCAAACCCGUGACCGGACUAAGGCUGAGCCUAGAAGGAAGCAAACUAAACCGACUCGCAAUUCAUUUGCAACAUUUAGUCUCACUCCCAAAAAACCUUCAACCCCACUGGGAUGCACACAUGGCAAUCGGUGCUCCAAAAUGGCAAGGUCCCGAGGAGCAAGACAGCCGUUGGUUUGAGCCGAUCAAAUGGAAGAACUUCUCGCACGUAAGCACUGCACCAAUUGAGAUAACUGAAACCAACAUUGGAGACCUCUCUGGCGUUCAUAUUGUCACCGGGGCCCAACUCGGCGUUUGGGACUUUGGUGCCAAAAAUGUAUUACAUCUCAAACUACUUUUCUCUAAGGUACCGGGAUGCACCAUAAGGCGAUCAGUGUGGGAUCAUAACCCUUCCACUCCGGCAGUUACACACAAAUCAGACAGCGCUUCAUCGUCAUCCACAAAGAAAACUUCUGACGAGAAAAAGGAAGAUAGUUCGGUCCAUAGUGGAAAACUCGCAAAAAUUGUGGACAUGACGGAAAUGUCGAAAGGGCCGCAAGAUAUUCCUGGUCAUUGGUUAGUUACAGGUGCUAAGCUUGGAGUAGAAAAAGGAAAAAUUGUACUGAGGAUAAAGUACUCCUUGUUAAACUAUUGA